CUCUGCCGCAUCCGACCCCCAUCUCUGCCUUUGCUUCCUACCUAUAGCUACUUCUCAACCACAGCCCUGAAAAUUUAAAUAAAAACCUCUUAAUCAAGUCGAAUAUUCCAAAUAAUUGUCCUUUUAUUAUUCUCCUCGCUUAAGCAGUGCUAGUUUUAUAAUACCCAGAAUUAAUUUUUCCCACCAGAGCUGAAAAUCCAUUUCUUUCAACUACCAAAGAUUUUCCCUCUUCGCUCUGCAUCGAAAAAGGAGGUAGUGUGCUAGACGAGGGAAAGGGUGUGUUUCUCUUUCAUAGAAUACCUUCUUUCUUCCCAUGGUUUCGUGGCACUGUCUGAAGAGAUCAAUUGCAUCAAAGUAUACUGCUUUGCCAAGAACACGUGCUUGCUUGCAGAGCUUGUAGAAAGAGUAUAAUUUGAACCAGGUUCCAGUUUUACGUUAAGCAUGAAGUACUUGGAAUAUACUCCUCUUGACCGUUUGAAUGACUUCCUGAGUCAGGUGAAUCUUGGAGAGCGCACAAUCAAAGGGUGCCUUGAAGCUUACUCUUGUAAACAUACAGGAACAGAUAAGAAGCUGUCGCUCAGCUUAGAGAAUGAGAUUCUUGAUUACCUUGGGAAAUCAUCUGACACCGACUCUUCCUCACCAGUCGAAUAUCUGUAUACAUCCAGCCGAAAGACGCUGAUUUAUUUGCUUCUUACACUCUAUCACAUGUAUCCAGAUUAUGACUUCAGUGCAGUGCAAGCUCACCAAUUUUUCACUGAAGAGAGCUGGGAUGGCUUUAAGCAAAUUUUGGACACCUACAUGUUUGAAGCAUCAAAGGAAUGGCUUGACACAAAUGAGUGCCCCCUCUUGGAGACCUUAUACAAGACUUUGGAUGAGGUUGUGAAGCUAGCAGAAUGCGAAAUUUAUAGUUACAAUCCUGAGGCUGACGCAGAUCCCUUCCUCGAGAGAGGAGCCAUAUGGUCAUACCAUUUCUUCUUCUACAACAGGAAGCUGAAGCGAGUAGUGAGCUUCCGUUUCAGCUGUUUAAGUAAUUUUGCCAGUGAAGGUUUUCGAGUAGAUGAGCUAAUUUUCGAGGAAGAUGGAGAAAUAUUCGAUGGCAUGGACAUCUGAGUGUGGAGUAUGAAAUUUUCAUAUGUUGAUAUCUGUAGACAUGUUGUAUCAACCCCUUGUGCAAAUCUAGCUGUAGGGUCUGAAGUCUUUCAAUGUAAAUGAGAGCAGCCAUUCUGUAGUUAGGAUUGUUACAAGGUUAGUGUGGUUCCCAGCCUUGGUUGUACUCCACCGUUUUAAUUAUGCGGACAGUUGCAGUUUGGUUCUGGUAUGUGUUUUCAAUUUUCUGGUGUCAGGAUUCUAAACAUCAGAAAUUUCCCAAAUCCAUGAAACUGUUGCGUCUUGUGGAGAGUGUGAUUUCUGCUGUGAAGAGCUUCAACUA